UUAAACUCCACGUGCCAGCACACAACCAGCGGCGGGUCGCCAAGUCAACGGCCCUGCCCAAGAUCAUGGUCCUCCCAGGCAAUUCUCUCCACCCGAUUCGCCAUGGACCACCUGCCAAACCCAGCCAGAAGGUCAGCCGAACUACGCGCCGUACGGUUUCGGUUAGAUAAUGGGCGUUCUUGGAAGACAAGACACAAAGUUUUCUCGGCGUCCAAAAACUGAUCGCCGAUCAAGCGGAACGCUCAAGAGACCAACGGCGCGACGCGAUCGGGCGGAAAAUUGUAAACAUAACAGCACCGCUGAGUUGUCUCCAACUAUAAAACUAUCCCCCCGGGGUCCGAUCUUGGUUAGUUUGGUUGGAAAAUUGGGUCACGUAACAACAAGAUCGUAAUCAUGCUGAACUGGAAGCUUGCGUUGGCGCUUGGUUGUGCCCUGGCCAGUGCCGCGAACGCCGGAACCGAUCCGGAGCGGGCCCGGGCCAGUUCGUACAUCUUCCGGAGUUUUGACGCGACGCCGAGUCACGUGGUGUAUCUGAGUCCGGCACGAUCGCGGUUGGUGUACGGUGGAAAGCACGAACCUAUUAGGGUGAAAGCCAACGUGGAGAGUGAGAGCAGUGAAGAAGAAGGAAGUGAUGAACACGAUGCGCCAAAGGUGUUAGAAGUGAAGCACUCGGAAGAGUCUGGGGAAUCUUAUGAGGAUCAACGUCACUCGAAGAAGGGUGAACACGAUCGGAAGGGGUAUAACCGGAAGCACGCGCUGAAGAAGGGAAGCAAAGGAAGUUACGGCAAGGAGGAUCAGUCUCACACGUAUGCUAACGAAGGAGAUCGCAAGAAAUCGUAUCACGAUGAAGACUCGUACCACAAGGACCAUCACGACGAAGGUCAUCAGAUCCGAGGGGGAAAACAUGGUGAGAAAAAAUCUCACAAAAAAGGUUCCAAGACCACCGGGUAUCACAACGUUUACCACAAGGACGAGUUCAAAAAGGAGCACAUCUUCUACGACACGGCGGACCACACGGGAAACUUCAAGAAGUACGGAUCUUCGCACAAGGAACACGCGGAAGAUGCUGGACAGUACUCCAAGGGAGGUCAUAAGGAGGAGGGACAUUCUGAGAAGAAACACGCCAAGAAGGGACAUUCGGAAGAAGGGAAGUACGACAGCGAUCACCACGAGUACAAGAAGCAACGAGGGGACAGCAAGCAGUAUCGGGAUCGGGAAGAGUUCUCCUUGAAGGAUGGCAAAUCUGGCAGCAAUGUGCACGGCUACAAAAUUUAUCAUCAGUGAUACGU